CCCCGCCGCCCCGCGCGCCCGGCCCGGCUAGCGCGCCCUGCUGCUGCACCUGCCGGCCUUCGGGCGCGACCUGUACCUGCAGCUGCGCCGCGACCUGCGCUUCCUGUCCGGCGGCUUCGAGGUGGAGGAGGCCGGUGCAGCCGGGCGCCGUGGACGCCCCACCGAGCUGUGCUUCUACUCGGGCCGCGUGCUGGGCCACCCCGGCUCUCUCGUCUCACUCAGCGCCUGCGGCGCCGCCGGCGGCCUGGUUGGCCUCAUCCAGCUUGGGCAGGAGCAGGUGCUAAUCCAGCCCCUCAACAGUUCCCAAGGACAAGAGCAUCUGAUCAGGCGCAAAUGGUCCUUGACACCCAGCCCCUCUGCCGAGGCCCAGCUGCCCGGGCAGCUCUGCCAGGUCCUAACAGACAAGAAAAAGCCAAGGAGGGGCCAGCCUUCGAGGGACCGGCGGGAGCGGAGGAACGCCAUCCGGCUCACCAACGAGCACACGGUAGAGACGCUGGUGGUGGCCGACGCUGACAUGGUGCAGUACCACGGGGCGGAGGCCGCCCAGAGGUUCAUCCUCACCGUCAUGAACAUGGUAUACAAUAUGUUUCAGCACCAGAGCCUUGGAAUUAAAGUUAACAUUCAAGUUACCAAGCUUGUCCUGCUGCGACAACGCCCUGCCAAGUUGUCCAUUGGGCACCAUGGUGAGCGGUCCCUGGAGAGCUUCUGUCACUGGCAGAAUGAGGAAUACGGAGGCGCACGGUACCUCGGCAACAAUCAGGUUCCAGGAGCCAAGGACGACACGCCCCCCGUGGAUGCCGCCGUGUUCGUGACCAGGACAGAUUUCUGCGUACACAAAGAUGAACCUUGCGACACCGUUGGAAUUGCUUACUUAGGAGGUGUGUGCAGUGCUAAGAGGAAAUGUGUGCUUGCCGAAGACAAUGGUCUCAAUUUGGCCUUUACCAUCGCUCAUGAGCUGGGCCACAACUUGGGGAUGAACCACGACGAUGACCACUCCUCCUGCGCCGGCAGGUCCCACAUCAUGUCGGGAGAGUGGGUGAAAGGCCGGAAUCCCAGCGACCUCUCCUGGUCCUCCUGCAGUCGAGAGGACCUCGAAAACUUCCUCAAGUCGAAAGUCAGCACCUGUUUGCUGGUCACGGACCCCCGGAGCCAGCACGCGGUGCGCCUCCCGCACAAGCUGCCGGGCAUGCACUACAGUGCCAACGAGCAGUGCCAGAUCUUGUUCGGCACCAACGCCACCUUCUGCAGAAACAUGGAGCAGCAUCUGAUGUGCGCUGGACUGUGGUGCCUGGUGGAAGGAGAUACGUCCUGCAAGACCAAACUGGACCCUCCCCUGGACGGCACAGAGUGUGGGGCAGACAAGUGGUGCCGCGCGGGGGAGUGCGUGAGCAAGACGCCCAUCCCGGAGCACGUGGACGGAGACUGGAGCCCGUGGGGCGCCUGGAGCAUGUGCAGCCGCACGUGCGGGACGGGAGCCCGCUUCCGGCAGAGGAAAUGCGACAACCCUCCCCCGGGGCCUGGAGGCGCGCACUGCCUGGGCGCCAGCGUGGAGCACGCGGUCUGUGAGAACCUGCCCUGCCCCAAGGGCCUGCCCAGCUUCCGGGACCAGCAGUGCCAGACGCACGACCGGCUGAGCAGCAAGAAGAAGGGCCUGCUGACAGCGGUGGUGGUUGAUGAUAAGCCGUGUGAACUCUACUGCUCGCCCCUCGGGAAGGAGUCUCCGCUGCUGGUGGCCGACAGAGUCCUGGAUGGCACGCCCUGCGGGCCCUACGAGACCGACCUCUGCGUGCACGGCAGGUGCCAGAAAAUCGGCUGCGAUGGCAUCAUUGGGUCUGCGGCCAAAGAAGACCGGUGCGGGGUCUGCAGCGGGGACGGCAAGACCUGCCGCGUGGUGAAGGGAGACUUCAGCCACUCCCGGGGCACAGUCAAGAAUAACCUUUGUACGAAGGUGUCCACCUGCGUGAUGGCAAAGGCCGUUCCCCAGUGUUUCUCAUGUUAUAUUGAAGCUGCUGUUAUCCCAGCUGGAGCUCGAAGGAUCCGUGUGGUGGAGGAUAAACCUGCCCACAGUUUUCUGGCUCUCAAAGACUCCAGCAAGAGAUCCAUCAACAGUGACUGGAAGAUAGAGCUCCCCGGAGAGUUCCAGAUCGCAGGCACGACCGUUCGCUAUGUUAGAAGGGGCCUGUGGGAGAAAAUUUCUGCCAAGGGACCAACCAAAUUGCCGCUGCAUUUGAUGGUGUUGUUAUUUCACGACCAAAAUUAUGGAAUUCAUUACGAAUACACCAUUCCUGUAAACUACACUGCUGAGAAUCAAAGUGAACCGGAAAAACCCCAGGACUCCUUGUUCAUCUGGACCCACAGCGGCUGGGAAGGGUGCAGCGUGCAGUGCGGAGGAGGGGAACGCAGAACCAUCGUGUCCUGCACAAGAAUUAUCAACAAGACCACGACUCUGGUGAAUGACAGUGACUGCCCUCAAGCGAGCCGGCCAGAGCCCCAGGUCCGAAGGUGCAACUCCCACCCAUGCCAGUCACGGUGGGUGGCUGGCCCGUGGAGCCCCUGCUCAGCGACCUGUGAGAAGGGCAUCCAGCAUCGGGAAGUGACCUGCGUGUACCAGCUGCAGAACGGCACCCACGUCGCCACCCGGCCCCUCUACUGCCCGGUCCCCCGGCCAUCACCUGUGCAGAGCUGCGAAGGCCAGGACUGCCUGUCCAUCUGGGAGGCAUCUGAGUGGUCACAGUGUUCUGCCAACUGUGGCAAAGGGACACGGAAACGAACUGUGACGUGCACCAACUCACAGGGAAAAUGCGACGCUUCCACGAGGCCGAGAGCCGAGGAGGCCUGCGAGGACUACUCCGGCUGCUACGAGUGGAAAACGGGGGACUGGUCCAAGUGCUCCUCGACCUGUGGGAAGGGCCUGCAGUCCCGGGUGGUGCAGUGCAUGCACAAGGUCACCGGGCGCCAUGGCAACGAGUGUCCUGCCCUCUCAAAGCCAGCAGCCUACAGACAGUGUCACCAAGAAGUCUGCAAUGACAAGAUCAACGUGAACACCAUCACCUCCCCUCGCCUCGCUGCUCUGACCUACAAAUGCACCCGGGACCAGUGGACAGUGUAUUGCAGGGUCAUCCGAGAAAAGAACCUCUGCCAGGACAUGCGGUGGUACCAGCGCUGCUGCCAGACGUGCAGGGACUUCUAUGCGAACAAGAUGCGCCAGCCGCCGCCACCGCCACCGAGCUCAUGACACGUGGCCCCGUGGUCCCACGACGCUCCGACGCGAGGUCUGAGCCCCGACGACACGGCGAGUUGAAAGCCCUCCCACCCGAGAGCACACCAGUUCCCACGGCCGGGACCCCCCCCCAGCUCACCGCCGCUCACCCAGGAGGCUGUCCCAAGAAUCCGGUUGCGUAGAACUUGAGAGUGGACUUGAAGUUUGCUUAGUGCUUUUAUACUUAAUAUAUUGUUAACAGCCACUGGAUGGCUUUCUAUGGUAAGGAAAAAAGAGGCAUGAGGCACAACAUAAUUGUGAUUUCUAAGGUCCCAUGCACCUCAAAGGGAACACCUCCGACAGACGGUCGCGAGGGACGUUACUGCGUGCCUGGGUCUUGGCUUUCCUUUGACGUUGGAAUUCCCAGUGCUUGAUGUACCAUGGGAGGGGGGAUUAUCCAAAAACAUGAGACGUUUUACUUUAAAACAGGCUUUAUUCUGAAAGCCAGUGACGCCCUGGAUGGAAGGACAGAUGUCAGCGAGCCUCUGCCAAAGGCUUCUCCGAAGAGGGCCGGGCUUCCGGAUCCCCCUCGACGCCACAGGAACCAGCCCUUGUCCCCUCCACCUGUGGCGCAGAGCCCGCUCUGUAGAUCCUGGGCCUUUCCUUGGGAGCUUCGCCCCUGAGAGUCUGAGUCUGUGUGAACCAACGGGGAUCCCGGGGCUAUGUGGUUCUCCGUACCACCCAUGUUGGGGGAGAAUAUUCUGGAAGGGUUUGGGUUUGGGGAGGCCUCUAAUUUUCAGAUCUCUGCUGUCCCCCACACAGGGAAGCAGAAAAGCCUUCCUUCAAGGCGCUGUGACAUGAGGCACGUACUCAUUGUGGCCUGGGGAUUGCUUCCAGGCAUAGAGUUGGGCUCAGGGCUCUGGGGUGUAGGGAGCUCCCCCUCUGCUUCUGGGGACCUCUGCUCUAGCCAGUGCUUCAUAAAGCUUUGCACCUCACAGAUGGCUUCCCAUUGACCUUGGUCGUCUACCUGAAGUUGACGCUUUUCAGAACCUCUUUAGGACUCAAGCUCAGGCCUGGCUGCUUCGCCCCGGCACAGGGCGGGUUUCCCGCAGGGGCUGCUCAGCCUGGUGCACGGUGGGUUGGGGGUGCCCCCUGGCCAGGAUCGCUGCCCGCCCACCGAGCCUUCCCGUGGCUCAGACCUCACAGUGCUUGUCAAUGUGUUGUCAUCAUUGACCCAUCUUCUCGAGGCAAGAAUGACGUUCAGAAAAGCAUGAAGAAGGUCUUUGCUCCUCCAGUCCCCUCACCCCUGAAAACAGAGUUGUGUCCCUUCUGGAGCCCAGGGGAGAUGACCAGGGUGACCUCUGUGAAAGCACAGAAGAUGGUAGGACCCUGCCCGCCGGGGAGCUGGGAGGAGGGAACCCGACAUGCCAGGAGGUCUGGUUUGCUGCCCGACUCGGCCGGCGUUUGAUGGGUGCUCGUGUUCAAAGACUUUACGGUGAGAAGCCCACCCUCGCCUCCCUUAUUUCAGAGGGGAUCUCACUUAGGCUCAUCUCCAUGGGAUCAUCUCCAUGUGCUUCUUGGUUUAUUGGUGCUGUGUGUACGUAUCUGUGUUUGUGUUUUUGAUGUCAUAACUUUAGCGUCAGCUUCAAUCAGAAAGGAAACAAAAAACCUCUCUGCCACCUCAAGCCUGUCUGGUGGGCUGCGUUUUGGUUUUUGAUUUUGACUGCCCUCGAGGCAGGGAAGUGGUGGUGGGGCAGAGAAUUUAUUCAGUUCUCCUUGAAUCCGUAAGAAGUGUUGAGAAGGCGCUAUGGGUGCUCUGUGGAAAGAUCCUGGCAAGCGCCAGGAUGGCGUGGCCCACCUGCAGGGUAACCUCCAGAGGUGGCUGCCCAGGGCCUCUCUUGCUCUGACUUGGCCACCAGGAGAGUCCCCAAAGCUCCUUCAGUCUCUUGGGGAGCUAAGGCUCAAGUUAUCCCCCAGCCCCAAAUGGGUUGUCCUUUACCACAGAUGGACAGAAAGCUAGCCAUCAGCCUCUGGGGCUGAGGGGCGGAGCCGUGCAGCCCGCUAAGGAAGCCAGCGUGGCCUUGCUCACUCGUCUGCAUGGGAACCACGGGCCCACCCAGGCAGGGCAGGCACGUGCGUGUGCCCAGAGGCGGGCACUUUCCCUGCUGCCUCUGCAUCUCCCUGCUGGCCACCUUGACUGUAUCAACUGGACGCCCCUGGCAAGGGCCUCACACCCUCAGAAUGCAAAUGACUGAUUUCAGUUCUUGUUAAACAUCCCUUGGGUUCCCCCAAGUUCGGGUCUUUCUGAGCGCUUUUAGCUCAUGCUGGCACUGUUGUUCUGAAACUCACCAGCCCACCUUCUGUUCACGGCACAAGCAACAAUUGAUGUCGGUGAAGGCAUCAUGGCUCUCUUGCUCCACUUUGUACGGAAGACAGUGAAACCCUGUCAUUACAACCGUGAUGGUCCUUUAUGGUUCAAAAUACCCUGUACUGUCACUCGAGUACUGUACCUUUUUGGUUGCACAAAUUGUGUUACUAACUACAGAGUCUCGCGGUCUCAUGGUGCUAUUCUCAUAGGUGCAAAUGAAACCCUCUCAGUUGACCACGACUUGAUAUUAUCAGAAAACAGGGAAAGAUCUUCAAUGGCAGUAAGAUCAUUGUUUUGUUCUCUUUUCUUCACUUCAGAGUCAAAUGUAUAUAUUUUCCAUUAGUUACCUUACAUUACGUACUGUACCCAUGGUAUUUUUGUUUUACUUUUUGGUGCUGGUUUGAAAGGAAAAAAAAAAAGAACAGAAGACAAACAUUGGACACCACUGUAAAUGAAAAAUGAAUCAUUUCAUUGGAAGUGAGUUGAAUAUGUUUAAUAAAAUGUUUUUCCAUGACAA